AACGGUGUUCGUAGAACUUAGGGGCACCCUGUACAGUGCAAACAAAAAGUUCGUACACGCUAUUCCCUCUCCAUGAUGAAUGAUUUGAUUUUAUUUUGUAUGAUGUUGGUUGAGGCGACGAGACUUGCCACAAGAGUUUCGACGGUUCCAGAGGACAUAUCGGGACAGCCAACAGUGGAAUUGUUCGUUGAGGUGCAAUUUGUGGUUGGUUUCGAUUCUUUGGAAAUAUAUCUGAGAGUGGAGUUCAACUAUAUCAAUUACCUGAAGAUAGUCAUGUUGUUUGAGAAAUACCAUCAUGCAAGAUCCCUACAAAUCAAUGGAUUUGCGACGAUAGUGUGUUUGUGUGAAACCGUAACACUCGGUAGCUUUUGAAGUGUCUGUGUGCGUUUUUUGAUAUAAGUUCCCUCCGGUUGAUGAGUGAUUUUACUGUACUGAAGACUGAUAAGAUAAGGCAGAAUGCUAUUUCGUUCGAACGGGUUCGUUUAGUGUUUGAUAUAUAAUAUUUUUAUAAUUUCCCCAUCAAUUUCGAUCAGCAUGUACGGUAUUUGUGUGGCUCGGUAGCUGCCAUGCUGGCCUCUUAGUCGCAAUGAGAUGUUCUCGUGACUCGGCCAAAGUGUUACGCAGCGCAAGUGGGAAAAGUGUUCUCAGCUCCAGCAGUUCAACGAUCUCAUAGGUUAACCUAUAGUUUCAAGUGUUUCGAAGAAGAGGUUCAAGGUGUUAUACGUUUCGUCCUGUAAAGUGGAAAAAAAAUUGUCGGCUCAUAGAACAUGAAAAUGGCGGUGAAUUCGAUGUCGAUCCAUGCUCCCUCCGACACCAACAACAACAGCAUAACCGUUAGUUGUGCUACGAGUCUUGGAGCAAACAUGACCUCAGCUAGCAUAAGCACCAGCAUAUCCUCCCCUGGUUGUGCAACGGGUGGACCAGGACUGCCGAAGAUGGAGCCGCGGGACUCGAAGGACGGCACUUGCAAAUCCGAAUCGGUAUCACCUGAACAUCAAGUGCAACCACCGGCAGCUUUAACUCCUCAACUGCAACAACAGCAGCAGCAACAGCCCUUGCAUGAGAUAGAAGUUCGAGAGAUUAUAGUACCUGCAGAAAUGACUAACAGCGAUGGACAAUCACCGUCCCUUCCAACGGCUGUUAUAAUUAAUCAGCACAAGCAUAGGAUGAUAACAACUACUGGUGAGAUUGCGGAAACCCACGAUGGACAGCCGGAAACUUCGGAAUAUGAAACUGUAGAGUACCAUCAGGGCGUAACCACAGUAACAACGGCCACCGGUCAGGCGUACGCAUUCGAACAACCAAUGACUAGUCAAAACGGUAACGGAUCAUCGUCGUCUCCUGUUCCGCAGUUCCUAAAACGCGAAGUCACCAGCAUGGAAAAAGAGCGUCUCGUAGGUGUCGACGGUCAUUCCCACGAUCCCGCUCAGACGCAAACGAUUUUUGUUGAGUACAAAAAUGAAAUUGAACAUCCGACACGUUACGGAAAUCCUUCGCUAGUACGAUAUGAGGAAUUAAAAUACCAUCCACGAUACGUGCACUAUCAACAACCUCAUCCACAUCCAAGCUUAUCUCUACCUCCCCACCAUCAGUUACAUCAGUCACACCAUCCACAUGUAACGGUGGCACAUCAGCAUCAUUCUCAGCAAGAAGUUGAUUCAUCUAUCAAAUCGGAGCAUUUAGAACAUCAGCAUCAUUCUCAGCAACAUCCCCAGCAUCAGCAGCCACCACAGCAGCAACAUCAACAACAGCACCAAUCCCAUCAACAACAACAGCAACAACACCACCACGUUCAAGCACAGCUACAACAUCACCAUCAGGCGUCGCAUCAACAACAGCCGCAUCAGCAUACGAUCCAAAUUUACGAACAAGAAACGGGCCAAUCGAGCGAAGUUCAACAGUCAUCUGAAACAUCCUCCAGUGAGGUCAAAACGCACUACACAAACUUGGAACCAGUGCAUUCCCUUUCGUCUACUCAAAACUACUACAUCACACCCGAAAGUUAUCAGACUGCAGGAAAUUAUCCUUACAUCUCAGCCAAAGACACUGUUUAUUAUCACCCUGCUAGUCCAAACACGGUACUGUACAAAAGUAGCGACCCUACGCUGACUUCUUCCUCACUCAUACCCUCCAAGCAGAUUCACUACGGAACGCAAGGCGUUUACGAAAAUGCUACAGCGCACAACAGUGGUUCUCCAGGAGCACAACAAAUCUAUCCAUAUUGGAAUGCAAACAUUGAUUACAACACGACAUUCAGCAGUGCGGUAGUCAUGGAUCAAGCGCCUUCCGGUGGUGCAGAUUAUCCAAACAACGGACAAGCAUGGCAGAUCGGAAGCCUUGCCGACGCUUAUGAACCGACGAUUCUGGCACCCACAGAGCAACGGGAGUGCGUAAACUGUGGCAGUUCAGAUACGCCACUAUGGCGAAGGGAUACCGUCGGGCAUACACUGUGCAAUGCAUGUGCCCUGUACAACCGACAGAAUCCUGGUACCAAUCGACCCCCGAACCGCAGUCAAAAGUCCAAACAAGCGCCGGUAAAGCUGAAAGCACCGAUUCCCGGCAAUCGGCGAACCGGUGUGACCUGUGCCAACUGUCAAACUACAACGACAACGCUGUGGCGCAGGAAUAACCGCGGUGAGCCGGUCUGCAAUGCAUGCGGCCUCUAUCACAAGCUGCACAACGUUGACCGACCGCUGACUAUGAAAAAGGAGGGCAUCCAGACGCGGAAACGGAAACCAAAGUCCACGACAGCGAUGCCACCACUUAAUGGGAUGAAUGGUGAAAAACUGCUUCCGUCGAUGAUUCCAUCGCCUUUGCAUCCAGGUAGCUUGGCCCCCGGCCAAAAACUGCUGAUCCAGUCGCACGCCCAUAUGUCCGUCGCGUCACAGCCGAUGGAGCUUCACCCGAGCCACGUCAUUACGUCUUCCUCAGGAUCCACGCAGGACCAAAGAUACGUCGAAAGUGUUGUAUCCACGGCGAACAGUAUGUCACCGCAUUUACCGAGCAGCAACAGUUUGACGCGGCACGUCACAACAAGUGUUCCAACAUUGGAUUCCAGUCGGACAUCGAAUGGGGAAAUAACAAGUGUAAUUACGAGCACUGCGGUUGCGGAACGGGCCAGUAAUUAGACCGUAGGAAAUGGAGUGAUUCCUUAAAUUAGUAUACUUGUCACCAAAUAUUUAGCUUAAUGCAGCCUGGUUUGGGAUGAUUUAGCAACGUAAUUUUUCGAAAUGUAAUCCAAAAGCAAAAAAAGACUAGUUUUCUUGUGAAUAUGUAGUAGUAAAAAUAUUUAUGUUAAGCAUGCUAGAAGGUUUCUAAUAGAGAAGUAGAAAUAUAUUUAUAC